AUGCAGUGCGGUAUUUCUGCCGACGCUCAGUUCGGACCACGAGUGCUGCCAUGUCGUCGCGAGUUCGACUUUACGUUGCUAUUCGAGCAGGGCAUUCUCGCCUUGGCUCCAGAUCUUCUAUUCCUCGCUCUAUGCUUUCUUCGCUGGUACCAUAUCUACAUAGAGCCGAAGAAGGCGCGCCGUGGUGCUACUGGCACUUGGAAAAUGGUUCUUUCCACUCUCCUGCUGGUAUUGAAGCUUGUUCUUCUCGUUUUGUGGUGCUUGCCGCACUUUCCAAGAACAAAGAUCUCAGUUCCGUCCGCUGGAGUCGCGAUGACCAGCACUCUGGCGUUGCUACUGCUAUCGCUCCAUGAGCAUUCACGUUCACUGAGGCCUUCGAGUUUGAUUUGCCUGUAUUUGCUGGUGAGUACAAUAUUUGAAAUUGCGCAAGUCCGGACUUUGUGGCUGUUACAUCCUGCAAGUUAUCCUCUCGCAACGACAGCUACUAUUGCACUCACAACACGAUCCCUGUUGCUCGUGUUGGAGACGAAUGAGAAGGGAAAACACCUUAGCCUGCAAUGUGGUCAGAUCUCACCAGAAAGUUCAGCUGGAAUCUUCAGUCACAGUACCUAUUGGUGGCUUAAUCGUUUCCUCAUCAGUGGCUUCCGAGGCAACCUAUCCCUCGAUGAUCUCUAUCACCUAGACGAAGGACUCUCUUCCAAGUCCAUCGCCUCUCUCCAUCAUCAGCAAUUGAAGAAUAACGAAGCGAAGCGCACGCAACGGCUCGCUCUUUUCCGUGAUGUUAUUUAUGAUUUGAAGUGGACAGUGGCAGCGGCAGUUGCUCCUCGCCUUUGUUUGAUUGGGUUCAAGUUCGCCCAGCCCUUUCUCAUUAACGACCUCAUUGGCUACGUUUCCGAGAACGACUCCAGUGAGUUAUCUGGGGUCAAAUACGGAUUCAUCGGCGCGACGGUGUUAGUUUACGUGGGGAUAGCAGCAAGCACUGCUCUCUACAAGCGUCAAGCUAUCCGCAUGGUCACUAUGACUCGUGGGUCGUUCGUUACAAUGAUAUAUUCGAAGACAUUACACCAAGCUUCGGGUCGAUGUGAAGAGGCUAGUUCGACUACGUUAAUGAGCACCGAUGUCGAUCGGAUUGUCACCGGGCUAUUAAAUUCCCAUGAACUCUGGGCAUCCCCGGUAGAGAUUGUGAUUGCGCUGGUGCUUCUGGGCAAAUCCAUUGGAUACCCCUCGGUAGCUGCUCUGGGUAUUGCUUUGAGUAUGCUCCUUUUAAACGCGAGAAUAGAAAGACAUGCGAAAAAGGGUACUAAUCAAAAUACAGUGAGCGUACUAGGAUCGUCCUAUCUCGCCCCUCAAAUGCGCCAAAGGCAAAAGGCCUGGGUACAUGCUGUCCAAGAGAGAGUCAAUUUUACUUCGGUAAUACUGAAAGAAAUGCGCCAGAUAAAAAUGUUCGGGAUUGAGUCAGAUGUGGUAUUCAAGACACACGGCCUUCGUGAAUUGGAACUACAUCGAUCUCUGCCCUACCGGUCAAUGAUUGUCGGUGUCAAUGUUUUGGGCGCGUUGUCAACUGCCAUCGCUCCCGCUCUAACAAUAGCCGUGUACGCCGCCACACAGCUGAACCUCAGGCUAGAGACACCCAGCACUGAUGUUGCCUUCACAUCUUUGUCCUUGGUUUCUCUUUUGACAAACCCGGUGGUGCUGUUAUCUGUGUCAUUGACUAGGUUCACAUCAGCUAUUGGCUGUUUUGAUCGGAUUCAAGAAUUUCUUUGCAAGGAAAGCAGAGUGAAUGAGCUCACAUCUGUUGACGAAUAUUUGGUGCCUGAGAAUGUUUCAGGGAUGGAGCUCACAUCACUACCUACUCACUCCCAGCCUCUCGUCUGCAUGACUGAUUGCUGCUUUAGCUUGAGUUUGGAUACCCCAGCAAUACUCCAUGGACUAACAUUGAAGAUACAACGUGCUUCGUUUUCAGUUGUCACUGGCCCUAUUGGCUCUGGCAAGUCGACCUUACUCAAAGCUAUGCUGGGUGAAAUGCAUCGCACAGAAGGAAUAGUGUCUGUUCGUUCGGUCAAGAUGGCGUAUUGCCAGCAAUCCCCGUGGAUAUUCAAUGGCACGCUAAGAGCCAACAUCAUUGGAGAAUCGCCCCUUGACGAAGAGUGGCUCAAAGAGGUGGUAUAUAUCUGUAAACUGGACGUCGAAACCACAACUCUUUCUCUUGGACUCGACACCCUAGCUGGGAGCUCGGGAGGUCGGCUUAGUGGAGGACAGAAGCAGCGAGUGAGCAACUAUGCAAGACCGUCUUUGCUGAUUUUAGAUGACGUCUUUAGCGCCUUAGAUGUAGUGACAUCAAGGCUAAUUUUCCAGCGAGUGCUCGGUCAUACUGGCCUGGUCAGGAGGCUCGGCAUUGCAGCCAUUCUGGUGACAACAGCUGUGGAGCGCCUGAAAGAAGCCGAUAAUUUGAUUGUCCUUUCAAAAGACGGCCGCAUGGAAGGCCAAGGGCCCUUCGGAGAACUGGCGAAGAAGAAUCAGCACAUACAGAGCCUUGCAUGUUCUUCAGAUUGCGAAGACAGCAAGGUCAAAGAAGAAAGCAAAGGAAGUGACUCCCAGCUCGGGAAAACUCGUGAAAUGAAGAAAGAAACCGGAGAAAUGGCUGAAAGAGGAACCGUUCCCAAAAUCUCCCGAGGUGACGGUGACAUCUCGCUCUACACUUACUACAUUAAUUCGUUUGGUUGGUGGGCAUUUGGGCUGACGCUGGUAUUCGCAACUCUAUACGUGUUUUGUAUUGCCUUUCCACGUGAGUAUUCCCACCAGUGA